ACAAGACUCGGGGCAAACUAAUCAAUGGUUGGUCCUAUCUGCCGUCAUUUCCUUUAGUCGUCGACAGAAAUGCCUGUCUAAAGAAGUAGGAAACAGAGGGCCACGUUUUGCGAAGGAUGUUUUGUUAGUUUUUAAGUCUCCGUCUGGGUCAACGUAACGUUCCAAAACCCGUGAUUGACUUCAUCAACCGCUAACGUCUGGAAAGCCAUCGUAGCAGAGAAACUAUUCCCUCGGGUUUCGUGGGUUGAACCAGCUCGUGUUGGUGACCCGCCAAAAGCCGCAGAAGUUCAGCGAGGAAGUGACCAUUUUGUGAGUUAGCUGGUUUCAAUAGCUUUAUAUUUAAGUUGUUGUCCCGCGAAACGGAAAUGAGUGGCGGUUUCAACUUCGGGCAAGCCUCCACGGGCUUCUCUUUCGGAGCUCCGAAGCCAGCAGUCCCAGGCCCCGGCACGGGCUUUGGGAUGACUAACGCCGUACCUGCAGCCACUGGUGGGGGCUUCGCGUUUGGCACUCCGACUCAGGCCACCGCCGCCACCAACCCCACCGGCUCCUUCAGCUUUGGCACCCCAGCGAAGAGCACAGCAGCCGUCGGAGGCUUCUCUUUUGGGACCCCCAACGCCUCGUUUGGCAUGGGCACUCCUCAACCCGCAGCGCCACAAGGGCUGACUUUAGGCACCACAGCAGCUCCGGCUGCGGGGCCAGGGUUCACACUGAGCGGGGGUUUCCCACCACAGACUGCCGCUCCUGCAGGAGGGGGCUUUGCCUUUGGUACUCCUCAAGCUCAACCCCAACCUGCAAUGCAACCCCCACCACCAACAGCCACAGUAACAGCGACUACAGGAGCGGGCGGCCUCUCAUUUGGAGGGUUCAGCUUUGGAGCAACCAAGGUCCAGGCGACUACACCUGCAGCCCCCGUUGCUGCCCCAGGAGGGGGCUUCAGCUUUGGCACCGGUGCUCCAUCCAACCUCACUAUGAGCAUGCAGCCCCAGCAGCCAGCACCCACUGCUGCAGUCACAGCCAGUCAGGGUGGAGGAUUUGCCUUUGGGAUUAAACCCUCAUCCACCCCAGCUCCUCCCGCAUCCACCCAGGCAGUCCACGCUCCAGGCCCGUCUCUCUUUGCUUCACCCAUCUCUACAACAGCUGCUGUUGCUGCUGCCGCCGCCGCCGCCACUGCUGCUGCUGUUACUGCCGCUGCACCAGGUACAGGCUUUACUAUGGGUGCAGCUCCAACUUUAGCAGCAAGCACGGCUGCUGCAACCACUACGGCAGCUGGUGGAGGUCUGGCUUUUAUGCUGAAACCUCUGGGGGCAGCCACCAUCACCUCCACCUCUGUCCCUACCGCCACUGUUGCAGCUGCCACAACAGGUGUUGCGACGGCCUUCACACUGGGGCUCAAACCUUCAACAGGUAUCGCAGUGACGUCUACGGCAACAACGCUCUCUACAACCGCCGCUCCUCCGGUGAUGACCUACGCCCAGCUAGAGGGUCUCAUUAACAAGUGGAGUCUGGAGCUUGAGGACCAAGAGAGGCAUUUCUUGCAGCAGGCGACUCAGGUGAACGCCUGGGACCGCAUGCUGGUGGAGAACGGAGAGAGGAUCACAUCCCUGCACAAGGAGAUGGAGAAGGUGAAGCUGGACCAGAGGAGGCUCAACCAGGAGCUGGACUUCAUCCUUUCCCAACAGAAAGAGCUGGAGGACUUGCUCUGCCCGCUCGAGGAGUCGGUGAAAGAGCAGAGUGGGACCAUCUACAUGCAGAACGCCGACGAGGAACGCGAGAGAACCUACAAGCUUGCCGAGAACGUGGACGCGCAGCUGAAGAGGAUGUCGCAGGAUCUGAAGGAGAUCAUCGAGCACCUGAACACGUCCAGCGGCCCAGCAGACACCAGUGACCCGCUUCAGCAGAUCUGUAAAAUCCUCAACACCCACAUGGAUUCACUUCAGUGGAUCGAUCAGAACUCUGUUCUUCUGCAGAGGAGAGUGGAAGAAGUGUCGAAGUUGUGUGACAACCAGCGCAAGGAGCAGGAGAAAACCUUUCGUCUGACAUUCGACUGAUCUGGAAUAAAUACGUUGACGUGUAUAUUGACUAAAUGAUGCUUUUUGUCGGUCGUUCUAAAGAGGGAAGUCUUUUUAGGGGGUUUAGAUAUUUUAAAUGCAGAAACAAAGCCAGUCGCAAUUCCUGUUAACUUGCUUUAUCUUUCGUUUGGUUGCAUAAAGAUCAAUAUUUCCGAUGCAGUAGCUUUUAUAUAGAGUGAAAUGAUCUGUUCCCAUGUAAAUGCUAUGGUUGUUCUAAAUAAUAUCAUUAAAUAAAUCAAUGACGUAAGGCUCUGUUUUAUUGGAUAGCCAAUAAGAAUGUCUGCCGUAUAUCUCAGUGGUAAUGUUUAAGUCACAGAGGUAGAGGUAUGAUUACUUAGUCAAUUGACAGAAACUUUCAUCAACUGUUUUGAUUAUCAGUUAAGUGUUUUAUCUAACAAAAAGCCAAAUGUUACCUAGUUCUAGCUUCUCUUCUGUGGUGGUAAACUGAUUAUAUUUUUGGGGUUUUGACUGUUGGUCAAAACAAAUAAUUUGAAGAUGUCACAUUUGUCUUCAGGGAAUUGUGAUGUGCAUCAUUCACCAUUUUCUGUUAUCUUAUAGACUCAACGAGAAAGUGAAUUCAAUGAUUAGCUCCAGCUCUACAUUUAUGUAGGUUUAUACUUCCAAUGUUAAUGAAAAGCCACAGUAGCAUUCAAAGCAUUUUAUUACACUUGACAACUCAACAAGUCAUUCACCUUGAAUUUAAUCUAUAACACUUACAUGGCAGUUUCUACUGACCACCUUCCCUUUGGAUUCCACACAUGGAACAAAACAUCUUGAUUCAGUGUUGACCUACAGUACAGUGGAUGCUACCUGACGCCACAACAGUGAGUAGAGGUGAAGAAUCAACGAACAUAAGUGGAGGGAAAAGACCUCAGCACGCAAUGUGACUCAGCCGUGCUCAUUUAUGCACCUUCAAUUAUUGUGAAAUGAUAAUGUACCUAAAGAGAUUUGUUUGUUGAAAUUAGACAAAAAUACAGAUUAAUGUUCAGAUAAUACUGGGCGAGGAGCACUUUCCUUGCAUAGAUUUUUGGCUUUUUUAAGAUGUUACAACUCCACAGAAACAGUAAACUUUGCUCUUCGUC